AUGGACCACUCUUCACCUGCAAUCUUCGUCACUGACUUCGAGGGCGGCCCAGCUUCCUCGUUGUCAUCCAGAGCUGCCCCGCCCUUUUGCCCUGCCUCCUUGUCGCCCUCCCGACCUGCUCUGCCCUUUGGUCCUGCAUCCUGGUCACCCUCCAGAUCCGUUAAGCCCAGUGGCCCAGCCCCCAGGCCCAUUAACUUCAACCACAAUCAUGACAUCCCCAAGCACCACAUCUACACCAGGAAUUACGACAUCCCCAAGCACCACAACUGCUCCUGUAACUACAGCAUCCCCAAGCGCCACAACUACACCAGGAUCUACGACAUCCCCAAGCACCACAACUAUACCUGGAACUACGACAUCCCCAAGCACCGAACUACUACAUCCCCAAGCACCACAACUACACCAGGAACUACGACAUCUGCAAGCACCACAACUACACCUGUAAGUACGACAUCCCCAAGCACUGCAACUACACCACAAACUACGACAUCCCCAAGCACCGCAACUACACCAGGAACUACGACGUCCCCAAGCACCACAACUGCUCCUGUAACUACGACAUCCCCAAGCACUACAACUACACCAGGAACUACAACAUCCCCAAGCACCACAACUGCUCCUGUAAGUACGGCAUCCCCAAGCACCACAACUACACCAGGAACUACAACAUCUCCAAGCACCACCACUGCUCCUGUAACUACGACAUCUGCAAGCACCACAACUACACCAGGAACUACGACAUCCCCAAGCACCACAACUACACCAGGAACUACAACAUCUCCAAGCACCACCACUGCUCCUGUAACUACAACAUCUGCAAGCACCACAACUACACCAGGAACUACGACAUCCCCAAGCACCACAACUGCUCCUGUAAGUACGGCAUCCCCAAGCACCACAACUACACCAGGAACUACAACAUCUCCAAGCACCACCACUGCUCCUGUAACUACGACAUCCCCAAGCACCACAACUGCUCCUGUAAGUACGGCAUCCCUAAGCACCACAACCACACCAGGAACUACGCCAUCCCCAAGCACCACAACUGUUCCUGUAAGUACAGCAUCCCCAAGCACCACAACUACACCAGGAACUACGACAUCCCCAAGCACCACAACUACACCAGGAACUACGACAUCCCCAAGCACCACAACUGCUCCUAUUAGUACAGCAUCCUCAAGCACCACAACUACACCAGGAACUACGACAUCCCCAAGCACCACAACCGCACCUGUAACUACGACAUCCCCAAGCACCACAACCGCACCUGUAACGACGACAUCCCCAAGCACCACAAAUGCUCCUGUAAUAACGACAUCCCCAAGCACCACAACUACACCAGGAACUACAACAUCCCCAAGCACCACAACUACACCAGGAACUACGACAUCCCCAAGCACCACAUCUGCUCCUGUAACCACAACAUCCCCAAGCACCACAACUGCUCCUGUAAGUACGGCAUCCCCAAGCACCACAACUACACCAGGAACUACAACAUCCCCAAGCACCACAACUACACCAGGAACUACGACAUCCCCAAGCACCACAUCUGCUCCUGUAACCACAACAUCCCCAAGCACCACAACUGCUCCUGUAAGUACGGCAUCCCCAAGCACCACAACUACACCAGGAACUACAACAUCCCCAAGCACCACAACUACACCAGGAACUACGACAUCCCCAAGCACCACAUCUGCUCCUGUAACCACAACAUCCCCAAGCACCACAACUACACCAGGAACCAUGACAUCCCCAGGCACCACAACUGCUCCUGUAACCACAACAUCCCCAAGCACCACAACUACCCUUGUUAGUACGACAUCCCCAAGCACCACAACUGCUCCUGUAAGUACGGCAUCCCCAAGCACCACAACUACACCAGGAACUACAACAUCUCCAAGCACCACAACUGCUCCUGUAACUACGACAUCUGCAAGCACCACAACUACACCAGGAACUACGACAUCUCCAAGCACCACAAGUACACCAGGAACAACAACAUCUCCAAGCACCACAACUGCUCCUGUAACUACGACAUCCCCAAGCACCACAACCACACCAGGAACUACAACAUCCCCAAGCACCACAACUACACCAGGAACUAUGACAUCUCCAAGCACCACAACUGCUCCUGUAAGUACAACAUCCCCAAGCACCACAACUACACCAGGAACUACGACAUCCCCAAGCACCACAACUGCUCCUGUAACUACGACAUCCCCAAGCACCACAACUACACCAGGAACUACGACAUCUCCAAGCACCACAACUGCUCCUGUAACUACGACAUCUGCAAGCACCACAACUACACAAGGAACUACGACAUCCCCAAGCACCACAACUGCUCCUGUAACUACGACAUCCCCAAGCACCACAACUACACCAGGAACUACGACAUCUCCAAGCAACACAACUGCUCCUGUAACUACGACAUCUCACCACAACUACACCAGGAACUACUACAUCCCCAAGCACCACAACUACACCAGGAACUACAACAUCCCCAAGCACCACAACUACACCAGGAACUACGACAUCCCCAAGCACCACAACUGCUCCUGUAACUACGACAUCCCCAAGCACCACAACUACACCAGGAACUACGACAUCUCCAAGCACCACAACUGCUCCUGUAACUACGACAUAUGCAAGCACCACAACUACACAAGGAACUACGACAUCCCCAAGCACCACAACUGCUCCUGUAACUACGACAUCUGCAAGCACCACAACUACACCAGGAACUACACCAUCUCCAAGCACCACAACUGCUACUGUAAUUACGACAUCUCCAAGCACCACAACUGCUCCUGUAAGUACAACAUCCUCAAGCAUCACAACUACACCAGGAACUACGACAUCUCCAAGCACCACAACUGCUCCUGUAAGUACAACAUCCCCAAGCACCACAACUACAGCAGGAACUACGACAUCUCCAAGCACCACGACUGCUCCUGUAAGUACAACAUCCCCAAGCACCACAACUACAUCAGGAACUACGACAUCUCCAAGCAUCACAAUUGCUCCUGUAAUUACAACGUCCCCAAGCACCACAACUACACCAGGAACUAUGACAUCCCCAAGCACCACAACUACACCAGGAGCUACAACAUCCCCAAGCACCACAACUGCUCCUUUAAUUACGACAUCCCCAAGCACCACAACUGCUCCAGGAACUACAACAUCCCCAAGCACCACAACUACACCAGGAGCUACAACAUCCCCAGGCACCACAACUGCUCCUGUAACUACGACAUCCUCAAGCACCACAAAUGCUCCUGUAAUAACGACAUCCCCAAGCACCACAACCACACCAGGAACUACAACAUCCCCAAGCACCACAAGUACACCAGGAACAACAACAUCUCCAAGCACCACAACUGCUCCUGUAACUACGACAUCCGCAAGUACCACAACUACACCAGGAACAACGACAUCCCCAAGCACCACAACUACACUAGGAACUACAACAUCCCCAAGCACCACAAGUACACCAGGAACAACAACAUCUCCAAGCACCACAACUGCUCCUGUAACUACGACAUUUGCAAGCACCACAACUACACCAGGAACAACGACAUCCCCAAGCACUACAACUACACCAGGAACAACAACAUCUCCAAGCACCACAAGUACUCCUGUAACUAUGCCAUCCCCAAGCACCACAACUACACCAGGAACAACAACAUCUCCAAGCACCACAAGUACUCCUGUAACUACAACCCCAGAAACCACAACACCACCUCCAAUUAA